AGCUGACCAAAACCACAGGUAGAAAAAUAUAGUUACUGACCGUGAGGCUAAGGCUUCUUUUGGUAUUUUACUUGUAUUGUAUUUCGUGCAAGUUAGUCUACAGUUAGCUAGCUAACGUUACGUAGAAAGUUUUCUAUUGUUUCCGGGGGGGUACCAUUUGAUUGUGACGACGCCUGUGUGGUGUAACAUUGUAAACAUUCCUCUCGUCCAUUGUUGUCAAAAUAUUAUUUGUAGCUAGCUACUGAAACGUCCACGGCGAGUAAUUAACAAUCACAGGCACCUGCAAGCAAUAUGAAUGUGGUUGAGUUCCUGGUGUCCCUGCUGGAUGUGCAUAAACAACAGCUGAAAGCUCUGACCAGACAGGGGGAGAUCCAGGCCAAGGUCCUCAGCCAGCUGGUCAAGGAUGGUUUAACCAAAACCCUUGACCGGUCUUCACCGCAGGAUGAAGAGGAACAGAGAAGGUCUGGAAUGACAACAGGGAGCGAUAAAGACCCGGAGGACUGGGUUGCUAGGCUGCCUGGGCUGCUGCAAGAGGAGUCACAGAAGAAGAGUCAACCGAUCAGACCCCAGGGGUUGACUAAUGCCUCCCAGACCAGGGUACAGAGACAGAUGUGGACUGUGGAGGACAAGAGCAGGCAGGACUUCCUGUCCCUGAGGUACGACACCCAGAAGGGAGCCAGAGAGCUGGGGCAGAGGCUUGACUCAGCUGCUAAGCACUGGCUUAGGCCUGACAUAAGGACUGCUGCACAAGUAGAGCAGUGUGUUGCCAUGGAGCAGUUUCUGUCCCUAUUGCCAAAGGAGGCUGGUGCCUGGGUGCAGAAGCAGCAGCCCAGGGAUAUGGAGGAAGCAAUCAGCAUGGCUGAGCAGCGGCUUGGGUCUGGGGUCUUCACCGUCUCCUCGCCUGCCCCUACACAGACAGACACAGCACAGAGCUCAACAGAGGCACAAGAACAAGGCCUGGAGAUUCCUGACGUGGGGAUGACCAGCUAUCAGGAGGAGCAGGACGAGCAUAAGAGGGUCCCAGAGGAAGGGUCCAUCUUUGUGUGUAAGCAGGAAGUGGAGGAUCCUGACUGGCAUCAGGAGAGUGCUCCUCCAGAGCCCAUCCAGAUGUCUGUGAGAACAACAGAACAUGAAAGCAUGUCUGUGGACACACCUUACAUCUUCCUUCCCAGAAACAACUCUCUUUCCUCCACCAUGUACACGCAUCCAACACCCACAGUGUCCAGUCAGAUCCCACCCCCACCCCUAGCUCCUGACGCCUAUCAUCCACAUGUCCAGGACAGACCAGUGAUAGACGGACUGCGGAGUAAUGCUUCUAGUGACGAGACUGAGCUUACUGCCAGGUACACAAGGCUAAUCUCUGAAGAUGGACAGUUGACCUGGGGGACCCUCUCGGGUGUUCCUUCACCCUCCUUCCACACUCGCCCGCCAUCACCCUCGCCCUCCCAUCAGUGCCCAGACUGUGGCUGCUGCUUCGCCCAGCAGAGGAACCUGGAGGAGCACAGGAACAUUCACACGGGAGCGAGGCCCUUCGUCUGUGGGGUGUGUGGGAAGGCCUUCUGCCACCGCCGCACCCUCAACAAACACACACGCAUCCACUCCUGGGAGAGACCCUUUCAAUGUACUGACUGUGGACAGACCUUCAAACUAAAAGACACCAUGAAGAGGCACCAGGUUUCCCAUAGUAAGCCAGGGACAGGGCCAGGGGCCCGUCACAUCGCUCACUCACGCUGAUACUCUUAACUAUCAGCACUUCACCUGGCUGGGAGGAGGCCUUGUGAGAAUUGACACACAACAAGGACUUGAAGUAGGACUGGUCAGGUGGCUUUCUCUGUAAAUGUCCUACGUAGGCAGAUUUAUUAGUGAGAAAACUACCAGUGUUUUCUGUUGGCGUGUUCCAUAAGAGGACACUGCUUUGGGUUUCACAGGUGAACUGGUUUCCAUGUAAACAAGCUCAAAUGACUUGUUCUUUAUUUAUUCUUUUUUGUAGAUGUCCUUGAUCCAAGAUAGGUAUUUCAUGCAUUUUGAUAUUGUCAUAGUUAAUCUUUAAUUAUUUAUUAGUUUGUGAUCAUGGUAGUACUUCAGAACAGAGAUCAGAAAAAAAUUGCGUAA